AUGGCGAUGAAGGCCGUGUGCGUGUUGAAGGGCGACAGCCCAGUGCAGGGCACCAUCAAUUUCGAGCAGAAGGAAAGUAAUGGACCAGUGAAGGUGUGGGGAAGCAUUACAGGAUUGACUGAAGGCCUGCAUGGAUUCCAUGUUCAUCAGUUUGGAGAUAAUACACAAGGCUGUACCAGUGCAGGUCCUCACUUUAAUCCUCUAUCCAGACAACACGGUGGGCCAAAGGAUGAAGAGAGGCAUGUUGGAGACCUGGGCAAUGUGACUGCUGGCAAAGAUGGUGUGGCCAAGGUGUCUUUCGAAGAUUCUGUGAUCUCGCUCUCAGGAGACCAUUCCAUCAUUGGCCGCACAUUGGUGGUCCAUGAAAAAGCAGAUGACUUGGGCAAAGGUGGAAAUGAAGAAAGUAAAAAGACAGGAAACGCUGGAGGUCGUCUGGCUUGUGGUGUAAUUGGGAUCGCCCAAUAA